AUGAAGCUCACUCUCCUCAUCCUCUCCUCCCUCCUCACCCUGGCCCUAAGCCAGGAAAUCUACCCCAGCGUUUCCGAAAGAGAUAGCUGCGUUGCCAGAUGCAAUACGGGCGACUUCUGCUGUGUAACCCAAUGCCACGACCUCCUCUGCGGCAACAUUUACAACACCAACGACGCCAUCCGCUGCAUGACCGGCUGUCCAAUCGGAGUCGGGACGCCAGAGCAAGUCGUCGCCUUAUCCAGAUGUCGUGAAGACUGUAUCUUGAAUAAUUACUCUUCAUCCUCGACAUGGACGUCAGCGUCGUCGACUAGUACUGCCUCUUCCACGUAUUCCAGCACGAGUACCUACAGUUCCAGUACCAGUACAAGCACAUCCACCGGUGCAGCUAGCACCGCCACUUCUUCGCCUGCCAGUGCGGAGACUAGUAGCAGCAGUACUAGCACUAGUACGAGUACGACUAUCAUUACGCCUACUGCUACUGGUUCUGGGUCUGAGCCUGAGAAGACUUCGAAUGUGGCUGCGGUUAAUAACUUGCGGUUCGGUGCGCUUGCGACUGGUUUUGUUGGGUUUUUACUGGCUUUCUUGGUGUAG